GUCCCCGCUGGCUGUCAUCCGCGGAGCAGGGAAGGACGUGACUUGACAUGACAUGACAUGACAUGGAGCUAGAUUUUCCCGUGUACUGUUCCGUGUGCGUCGUGGCGUGUUAAAAGCACACACGGGGAUUUCGGCGUUUCUGUGUACCUCGGUAGCGGUCCUUUCCGGUCUCGACAGCCCGGACUAACAGUGGCUAGCUAACAGGCUAGCUAGCUCGUAAGUUUACUGUAACUGUUAAAAGCAGCGGGUUGAGACGGAAAGCCCUCCGCAUGGCGUUAAUCUUGUUUACGAGGUCCCGGGCACCUUUAAUGAAAACGUCCCGAUCUUUAAAGAGCGAAUUCCGGAAAGGGAAACUACAAGAUGGUGCCUGUUUCAACUGCACAGCCCUCAGACUCUCCAGUCAGAAACUUGAUGGACUCCGACUUGGCAGUUUGGCCCAGGUUUCUUCAUUCGGUCCCUCCCUCCCCUUGUCAGAUGGAUACGUGGGCCCCUGCCAGAGUGCGGACUCACAGCGGCUCUACUGCGCUUUUGUGCUGGGGGUCUCCCCUUCACUGCAUCCUGCGAUCACAACGGGGGCCCAGUGGACGAUAGCACGACCGCAGGACACUCCCGGUGUCAGGUGGAUACACACUUCGAGGAGGAGAUGGGACGACUCAAAAGUGGAGAAAUCACUACGUUCGUUAAAGGACAAGAAGAAGCUGGAGGAAGGAGGGCCGGUGUACAGUCCGACGCUCGAUGCAGAACCUGUGAGAAGGACACUCAGACAGCGGGUUGUGGAUGAAAUCAAGCACUACUACCAUGGCUUCAGGCUGCUCUGGAUUGAUACCACCAUUGCUGGGCGAAUGCUGUGGAGGGUGCUGAACGGACACGGCCUGUCUCGACGUGAGAGGAGACAGUUUCUUAGAACGUGUGCAGACGUCUUCAGGCUUCUUCCAUUCCUGGUGUUCAUCAUUGUCCCCUUCAUGGAGUUCCUGCUUCCUGUAGUGCUGAAACUCUUCCCCAACAUGUUGCCGUCCACCUUCGAGACACAGUCAAAGAAGGAGGAGAGGUUGAAAAAGGAGCUGAGGGUCAAACUGGAGAUGGCCAAGUUCUUGCAGGACACCAUCGAGGAGAUUGCGCUGAGGAACAAGGCUGCCCAAGGCAACGUGACAGAGGAGUUCUCCACCUUCUUCCAGAAGAUCCGGGACUCCGGGGAACGUCCCAGUAAUGAGCAGAUCAUAAAAUUCUCCAAACUAUUUGAGGAUGAGCUGACUCUGGACAACCUGACUCGACCCCAGCUGGUGGCUCUCUGCCGUCUCCUGGAGCUCCAGUCCAUCGGGACCAACAACUUCCUCCGCUUCCAGCUCAUCAUGAAGCUGAGGGCCAUCCGCGCAGAUGACAAGCUGAUAGCAGAGGAGGGAGUGGAGAGUCUGAACGUGAACGAGGUGCAGGCAGCCUGUCGUGUCAGAGGGAUGAGAUCUCUGGGAGUCACAGAGGAACGACUGAGAGAGCAACUCAGCCAGUGGUUGGAGCUGCACCUGAACCAACAGAUCCCCACCUCUCUGCUGCUGCUGUCUCGGGCCAUGUACCUCCCUGACACCCUGUCUCCUGCCGACCAGCUGAAGACCACACUGCAGACGCUCCCUGAGAUGGUGACGAAGGAGGCCCAGUUGAUGGUGGCAGAGAUAGAGCUCUCCAAAGUGGACAAUAAGACCAAACUGGAGACGACGCUGCAGGAGGAGGCGGCCAUACGCCAGGACAACAAGGACCGUGAGAUGGAGAGGUUGGCGGACGCUGCAGAGAAGGUUGCCAGGGAGGGUGAGUUGGAGCUUGAAGCGGAGAGGGCGAAGCACAGCGAGACAAAGCCGGCAAUGUCCAAGUCUGACAUGGCUGCUCAUUCAGAGACACUGAGGGAUACAGCACCUGUCAUAGAGGGAAUUAAGUUUGAGCAGUGGCAGACUUUCUUGCGCUUCCAGGGUGAGGAGAUCACCAAAGAAGAGAUUGACAUGUUGAGUGACGCCUGCUCAAAGCUGAAGGGGCAGAAGAGGCUGUUGACUCUGGAGAAAGAAGAGCUGGAGGAACUGAAGGACGAUGUCCAAGAAUACAACGAGGAUCUGGAGGAAAUAAAGAAGGAGCUCUCUAAGAGCGGCCAGGAGAAGACACUAGAGGAGUCAAAGGCGAGCCAGCGCCUGUCUAAGAGAGUGAACCGCAUGAUCGGUCGCAUUGACAAGAUAAUCCUGGAGCUGGAGAAGGACAAGGUCAUCCUGGACGGACAGAUGGAUAGUGGAACCACCCCACCUGUUGGUCUGUUCUACACCUUCAGGGAGAACCUCAUCAGUAUUGACGAGCUGAUCAGCGUCAUGCGGCAGAUCCAGAACAUUCCAGAGCACAAGCUGCAGAGCAUCGCCGAGGCUCUCGACGACAACAAGGACGGGAAGAUCGACAUCGACGACGUCAUCAAAGUGGUGGAACUGAUUGACAAGGAGGACAUCGACAUCUCCACCUCUCAGGUGGCUGACAUCAUGGUGAUGCUGCAGAAGGAGGAGAAGCUGAUGGAGAAGGAAAAGGCCAAAGAGAAGGCUGAGAAGGAGCAGGCAGCCAAGCUCAACAGCUAACUCAUUUCGCCCCGAAAGACACAGAGCAAUUGUAAAAAUGACGUUGAGAAGUCACAGAAAACUCUGGACGCCAGAUCGAUCUGGACAAGUCGAGAGAAGGAGUCACGAGGUAACGGCUGCCUUCUCCAAUUGUCAUAUCACCACGAAUUGAGCUCCUACAAAAUUGUUUAAAAAUUUGAAAAAGAAGGCUCAUUGCCUUUUAAAAUGCACAAAAUCAAAAGAAACCUAAAUUGCCAUUAUGUUAAGCUCCUCUGGACUGAUCAUGUAAUAUAUGUUGAUAUUUGGUUUUGUGUAGUUUUACUCAAGGAUUUAUUGACACAGGGAACAGAAUGACAUGAAACCAUGGUUGUUCUCCCAACCUAAAAGUGGGCAAAGGAGAAAAUCGAUCAAAAAUUAUGUUUGGAAAAUAUAUUAGGAGAAUAUAUUAUUCUGAAGUUUGAGGUGAACCAUCUUGCCUUUCAUUUCAUUCAUGUUAUCAUCUCAGAGAAAUGAGACAUCAUUUCUAAACUUUGCACAGUAAAAUUCAUUGUCAUCACCGUCAUUCCACUCAAUUUCUUUUCCUUUUAGAUUUUGUUUCUCUCUCAAACUCCCACAUUGUAAAGUAAUUUGUUAUUUUCUCUGAACUGUACUUGGACAGGUAGCUUAUCGCUGGAAAUAGGAUUUUUAAAUGGUGGCUGCAGCCAUAGACAUCAUUAGACCCAACAUAGAAAAUUGUGAGUGCAGGUUUAAAGAGUUGAAUUUUAAAAAAUGCUAUAUAUUCAUUCUACCAAUAAAAAAAAAACAAAACAAAAAGAACAACAUAGCUUUAGGGUCUUCUAAGAAUAAAAAAAAUGGAGGAAUUAUGAUGUAGUGUUGAAGUUUUGCCAAAAAAGGGAAGGACUGAAGUUAGCAACAUCUACAUCAAUAUUAAAAAUGAUUGUACUGUAAAUUUCUUUUCAUUUCGCACUCAUUACACGAUGAUCUUUUGUCUCACUUUAACACGGCUGUUCAUGUCUGUUCGACAGAGCUCUCCGUAAAAUUCCAAAGUUGCACUGCGGCAUACUUAAUAAUCAGAAGAUUCGGAUUGUUCCUCAAAAUCAACAAACAAACCAAUUAAGGACCGAUUGAUAUUUAUGAGCAUUGAGGAUCAUAAUAAUAAUAAUCAGUGUGGGGACACUAAAACAGCCCACCAACCAAAUACUGGUCAGUUCUUGCUGUGGCAAGUGGUAGAGUUUUAUUUUGUACUAGUUUCUGUUUCAGAAAAUAGUUGUCAGUUGUUUGGAGGUUGUCCGGUCAGAGGGUGAGAGCGGCUUUCUGUGACUGUUACGUAGUUCAGUUUGUGCAUGAGUAGUAUGAGAACCGUGGUAAUCUUGACCUUCAUAAGUUAAAUGCAAAGUGGCCUUCUCUUGACACGGAUAUUAUGGAUUAUAUACUGUUGUAUAUUUUUUAAGAAGACGACAGAGCUCUGAUAUUCUUUACACUCGUAUAAAUAUAGUUUUUGGGUUGAAGGAGUCUGGAUGAAUUCAGUUGUAGAUCGGGUAUUGUGAAUUUUAGGCACAUACUGAGUCCCCUUUCUUGUUCUUUGCACUGUAGCCAUGAAUGUGUGUCGGUGUGUAUCCAUCAGGACGAAGGGAGUUCAGAAAAUCUCCGAGCCAGCUACUCAGCGUUAAAUUCAUUUUGCCGCCUGUUGGCAUUUGCUCAACUGCGUUCACACUGCAAGCAGCUUGGCCAUUGUAUUUUUUUCGUGUCUUCCAAUUAGGGCUAUAAAUAAUAAUUAUUUUGUUCAUAUUUGAUUUGUUUAUUGAAUUAUAAAAUCUAUAUUUAAAAUAAAGACCUAAGGAAAAUGCCUUCAAAUUGUUCUCUCUGACCAACACCAAUUAUCUUUGGAUUUAUUCUACAAUGAGAUAAUGUUCAGCAUUUUUAUCCUAAUGAAGGAUUUACACAAGUAAUAGAUUACCUAAAUGUAAUUUUCAUCGAGUGACUUCAGAACUAAUUUCAACCGAUGUUGGUGCAAGAAGCCGCAGUCGUUGCGACUGUGCAUUUUUUUUGAAACUGUGUAUUUACAGUUGUAAUGUAAAAUAAUCCUAUACUUAAACUUAUAAUAAUUAGUUCAUAUGACAAAAAAAAAGAAAAAACAAAACAUUAUUUUACUGCAUACCUAACCUCAGCAAUGGAUUCAGAGCCCAUACUUGAGUUUUAGGACAUUUUCUCAUGUCAUCUAUCAAAUAAAAGGCUUGGUGGGAAGAGCUGGGAAGCUUUGAGUGGCUGUGAUCGAUUUCACAUCAAUUUUACAUUUACAAGGCAGAGCUGUGAUUUACAAGACUAAAAGUGUUUGGUUAUAAAGAAAGCCAUGCUUGCUCAGCUGUAAAGGAAAUGUUGCUUGUCAUGUUGCCUGCAGUGUGAACCCGCUAUCUGCUGAAUUGAACUGUUUGUGGUCUUAGCCAACCCUUUGUUAUUCCUCAGCAGUAACUAGAGAAGAGCUCAGGUGUAAACAAAGAUGACAGAGUGGUAUUUGAGAUAACGCUGAGUGGACAACGCUCCGUUUAUCUGUUCCCGGAAUCCGCUGUCAUAUGCGCAGAUGAUUAAAAGCUUGUUCGUCUUCCAUCAGGCACUGUACCGGUUCAGACCCAGCGCCGCCUGACAGGGCGAGGGCUCGGCUUUGCCUGGGACCAGUCAGGCUGAUGGGUGCAGGGUAAACACUCGCCCCAUACAUGGGCCAAAGCCAGCUCCGCUGGAGGGUUGUGUUUAGGUUAGAGAUGCUCCGGCGAGACAUGGCAUGCUCUCUGCCGCAUAAAUCAGCAGCCAGUGUAAACACGCCGGAGGAACGUUGUGACAACAUCGCGAUUACACUCGGCAGAGGAGAGUGGUGUUUGCGUCCCAGCGCCUGACAGGUCAGGCUCCGGGGAGUGCUGUGCGCAUGAGCGGCAUUAGUGGAGUUUAUUUUAUUUUUUUUUUUUUCAAAAAACCCCUGGGUUUUGGACUGCUGGUCGCACAAAAGCUAUUUGAAGACAUCACUGUAAAUUCUAGGAAACUGCGACGGAGAUUUUACACUAUUUGACAUUUUCCUCAUGAAACGAUGAAUCCAUUUAUCAAGAAAAUAAUCUUAAGUUUAAUCGAUAAUGGAAAUAUUAGUUGCAGCCCUGCAAUCUGGCCUUUCAUUUUCUCACAGGUACCUGAAACAACACGACCUUUGCAGUGCUGUUUUGGUUGUGAAAGCCCAGAAGACAAGUGUUGUGGAAAGUUUAAAAAUCUAUUCUUGUUUAAACCUAGUUUAAGAUUGUUUUCACUCAAGCUCAUGUCGAUCCGUUAAUCAUUUAGUCUCUAAAAUGUGAGAAAAUUGUGAGAAAUGCCCAUGACUAUCUCUCCGUGCCCAAGACGACACCUGUGUUUGUUUUGUCCAACUAAUAGUCUAAAACCCAAAGAUAUUCAGUUGACAGUGAUAUAAAACGGAGGAAAUCGGGAAAUCCUCACGUUGUAGAAGCUGGAAACAGAAAAUAUUUGGCAUUUUUGUUUGAUAAAUAACUUAAACCUAAGAAAGUUUGUAUCUUCACAAAAUACUUGUGUACAAUUGGUAUCUUAGCCGUACAGUCAGUGAUAUGACAGGACAGUCAUAUUUCCCCACGUGCUACCACGUGGAUAUUAUUGGGGAAAAAAAACCUGUCAAACCUUGAAUUUGCUCAAGAAAUCCUGGAAAAAAUAAUUACAUUUUGAAAUGGAAAACAUGUAGAAACCCUGAUAUGACUAUCAGAAGAGUCCCACAUGCCAGUCACUGAAUAGAGGCUCAAAACAAAACUAGUAUGUUAGCUCAUAUCUCCCAAACGCAGUCAUCUCCUCAAGCUCAAAACAAAGGCCUCUGCGGCCGUGCAUGCUGGUGGAUGAUUGUGCGUCCGCGUCUUUGGCCGCAGUGCGAGGAGGAGUCGAGCAGAGUUCACGGCUCACCGCUGGCAGCAGUGUUGCACUGUGUUGUUUAAAAAAAAAAAAAAAAAAAAGUCUACCUAAGGGAGGAGGAAAGGAGAGAUACAGUUGGCAGGAGAAGCAUUUUGACAGUGAGUUCAAAUCAGUCAUUUUUCAUUGUCAACCAGUUCAGUUACCAGGCCCAGAGUCGUUUUCUGCCUUGCCUUUCUCUUAAAGCGAUUUUCUUCCUGACAUUUUAGCCCAGUAGGAAGGAACACUGUCUGAUUUGAGCUCACUGUCCUCACCUUUGGCUGUCGGCUGAGUAUUGCCACUGUGUAAAUGCACUAUUUCCUUUUUGAUACAGUAGGUGUGGGUUAAUCGAUGGACUCGGUGUGAAUGUUCAGUCUGAUGUGGUUUCGGCACCGGUAUUCGGCCGGGAAGCCGAGCGUUGUGAUUUACGACACAAGCCGUCCGAAAAGAUUCCCGUUGAGUUUGAGGAGGAGAGUUGUGGAGUUUGUGUACUAGAAGAACCAAUAUUUAAAGCAAUAAGUCAUUUAUGCAUCCUGUACCUUUUUUUGAAUUUUGUUUUUCUCUCUCUUUGAGGUGGGACAAGCGUUUAAUUAGUUUAAAAAUAUAUAUUGUAAUAUAUGUAAUUUAGAAAAGAAAUAGAGUCCACAUGGUAUCAGCAAGGAAGUGGAUGCUGCAACUAAAAAGCAUAGAAGCUAUUUUGUGGAUUCUGCUCUUCUUCUUGGUAUCAGGCUGAUAUUCUGCUUAUUUGGGGGGGUGAUGUGCUUGUAGUUGAUUGUAUGGACUUUCUGAGGACAGAUGUAGUCACUUUUUCCCCCUUUUUAAGUAUUUUGCACCAGCCCUUUUUAAUCGCUAGAGGAAUGCUACUUUUUGUAGAAUGUAUGAAAGGACGACCUCUCCCUUUCAGUAGAAGUAACGAGGACAGUUUAGUUGCAAAAAAAGGCAGCUGGAGACUGAAAGCAGGAUCAGGAGCGUUUUUAAUGUCAGGGAAACACGAUGUGGAGUCAGAGUCCGGCUCUUUCCACAGAUACGGGACUAAAGAAGAAGCGCAGACCUGUCUCAGCUUCGUACAAAGUUUCUGAAACUGAAACUGAAAAACGUAGAAAACCUAUACAUACAUCAUAACUAAUUCACUGCUUUUUAAAUAAUAAUGCAGCCACCAUUGUUUCACACGUUUCUAAAAGGUGUGUUCAGGCAGAAAUCGAAGCAAAUCUUUGCCUCCAAUUUGACCGUUCGACCAUUUGCCAGUGUAGCAGCUGUGCAGACAAUAGCUAUAAGCUAGCUAGCAACCGACACAAGGACUAUGUCUGUGGGAGUGUAUCCGUGUGUGUGUGUUUGUGUUCAGCUCAGCCUCUGACUGAACUCAAACCAGAAACUCACUCUCCAUCGACAUUGUGUGAUACCUUUCCGCCUCGUGUCGUGUUCUGUCCGAGCCAUGGACUGUAUGUAAAGAUCUAGACAUCUGUGGUUUGAACGCGCAGUAAAGAACGAUUCAAAGCUUGGAAAUGUUUAAAAGCCUCGGUUUGGAAGCCGCCAUCAGUUUACAUGAUAUCGAAGCCCCAAACAAAGUUAUCAAAUGUGUUCUGGAUCAGAUUCCUAAAUCAGGAAAAAUCUCUGCCCAGUUUGAAAGGCGAGGCGACAUGUUGCAAUAUAAUCUCUUUCUGAUUGCAUUAUGUUUAAAAAUGUAAAAAAAAAUAUAUAUAUUUUUAAAAUCACUCAUUGACCUAAUAUAAGAUUUAGCCUAUUGGAGUUUUUUGUUUGGAGAUAAUUGUCAUGUUAUUUAUUUAUUUAUUUAAUCAGGUUUUUUUUUUUUUUUUUCAUCCAAAUGUGAGAUGUUGCAAACAUUACCUGAUACUGGAUUUGAUUUUAGUUUUAACUUGAAUCUCAAAUGUCUGAAAAGCAUCAAUUUUCCUUUUUUUUUUUUAAAAACACAAAUCAAGUGAUCAUGUAAUGAAACAUUUACAAAAUUAAUCGUGUUGAAUAAAUAAUGGUUGAUCCUG